UUCUUUUACUGUUCCUAUGUGAGGCAGCUAUCAAGUUAACAGAAGAUGCCUGUAUGCACACACCUGGAGAGGUUGACUUACAUAAUAAUGGCCAGGCUCUUCACCAAGUAAAAGGUAAGUUUACAUGACUUUGGGUGGUAUGCAUCGCCAAGUGCUCGGCAGCAACUUCGCACCUGCAGAGAGUGGAGAAAGAUGCCAGAGUCAGCUCACAGUUCGUAGGGAAGCUAGUUUUGAUCAAAAUCCACUGCUUGGCACCCAUAUAUCAAACAGCGGUCACGCUUUCUACUUCAGCGUAAUUCCCUUAAGUCCCCUGUGUGACUGUCACGUGCAAGAGGGCGCACAGCAGGUCAAGACACAUGGCCCGAUGUGCGGUGGUGAAUGGAUGAUCAUUGUCUUCAGUUUAUCAGGUCACUUCAACAUCCGAGUAUUAUCUGCUCCAAACUCCAUAAGAAUUUCGCCUACUAAUAUGGCCAGCGCUAUGUCUAGCGAUUCUGAAUAUGAAGGCGUCGAUACGCCAAUCACGCCGGUGCCUAUCGACCCGGAUUCUGUCACUACAAGCUCUCUGCACGCUUUACAGUCUGCGGAUCAGCGGAAAGUUAUGGAUAUCGUAGACAAGCUGCGACAUGUGAUCGAAGAGGCAACACAAGCAAUGGGUUUGGGAGUAGUAGGUGGUAUCAAUUCAAGGGCAUUCUCUCGUGAUGUGCUAUCGGUCGAGAUCACUGGUCCAGCCAGGCCUCAAUUAACUCUUGUCGAUCUUCCAGGUCUCAUUCAUGCUACCAACAAAGCACAAACCGAGACCGACAAAGAGCUGAUCCUCAAUCUGGUUAAGGAGUACAUGAGAAAUCCUCGUACCAUUAUUCUGGCAGUGGUUAGCGCAAAGAACGAUUACGCUAAUCAAAUCAUCCUCGACCACUGCCGCAAGAUCGACGAGCAGGGUCGUCGUACCCUUGGCAUCAUCACCAAGCCUGACUUCCUCCGUGAAGGCACCGACAACGAGCUGACCUGGAUCGAGUUGGCUCAGAACAAGGAUAUUUACCUAGAGCGGGGUUGGCACAUGCUCAAGAACCGUGGUGAUAAUCAGAUGAAGUUCUCCUUUGAGGAACGCAAUGCAGACGAGGACUUGUUCUUUAGCAAGGGUCGUUAUGCUGAUCUGCCUCGUGAGUGCGUUGGCAUUGGCUCUUUGCGCGAGCGUCUUAGUAAGGUGCUACUCCAUCACUUGAUCAAGGAGCUCCCUUCUUUGAAGGAUGAAAUGGUCAGCAAGCUUCAAGGUACUAUUGCAGAGAUUGAAAAAUUAGGCGACAGUCGCAACACUAGUCAUGAGCAGCGUAUGGUUCUGAUGAAGAUCAGCAUGCGCAUCAGCGAUAUCCUGAAUUCUGCUAUCAAGGGCUACUACGAAUCAUCGUUUUUUGGCCGAAUCAAUAUGGACGCAGCUGUUGAUGCGCCUGAGAACAUCCGCCGCUUUCGAGCCGUGAUUCAACAUCUCAACAUCAAUUUCGCCAACAAUAUGCGCUUAAGGGGUCACAAAUACACAUUUGGAGUCGGUCCCGGUGACGAAGACCAAGAAAUUGAAGAGGAUGUAAGAGCACAGAAAGAGCUUGAUGAUCUCGAGGAACGUCCGGAGCUCAUGCUCCUUCCUAAGCCCAAAAAACUUACACGCGGAGAAGCCAUCGAAUGGGUCAAGAAGACCCUAGAGCGUUCCCGUGGCCAUGAGCUUCCUGGAACGUUUCAGCCAAUGCUGAUAUCACAGCUUUUCUGGGAGCAGUCCCAACCAUGGGAGCAGAUCGCCUCUCAGCAUGUUAGCACAAUUGCGAGUGCUUGCAAGGAGUUCAUCGAUGCUGUUCUCCAGGAUGCCGCUCCAUCUGAGUUCAAGGACAGGCUUACUACCCUCUACGUAGAUGGUGCUUUAGCUCAAGCCCUUUCUGACGCGAAAGCAGAACUGCACAAGAUUCUCGUGGACAAAGCUCGCCACCCAGCUACUUAUAACCACUACUUUACCACCACUGUACAGAAGAUGCGUCAAUGCAAGCACCAGGAGAUCAUGAAGAAAGCCACAGAAGCCUCAGAAGUCAAUAUUUAUAAUCUCGACGGCAAAUUAUGUAAGCAUGUUGACCCCGGUAAGCUCACAGAGGCCAUGAACAAAGCGAUAGAGCUGGACAUGGACGUCUUCUCAAGCCAGGAAGCCCUCGAUACCGAGCGUGCGUUCUACAAAGACGAGAUCAAGUACUUUGUCAACGCCAUCACCAAGGCUGUCAUUGAGCGCCACCUGGUUGCACCCCUCCCUGAUAUCAUCCUUUCCCCUCUGGUUGUGACACAGAUGACAGAGAAAGAGGUGGAAUUCGUUGCCGCUGAGCCUCCUGAGAUCACGCAGCAGCGUCUUCAUCUGGAGUCUAGGAAGAGUAUGCUGGAGAAAGGGUUAGAAACGUUCAGAGAAGCGAUGGGAGGACUGAAGCGAUAGCUAUAUAGAAGUUACACACCUAGCCCCUGGGUUUAGUAGCCCAGAGUCCACAAUGCCUUAAUCAAAGCAGAUGAAUGACGGAGAGUCCUUUGUCGAGUUAAAUUAUGACCUCUGUUGAAUUCCACAACCUCACACACGAAAUCACAACAAAUACGACAACAGAUACACGCUGUUAGUUGAUGUAAACUCUAGCGGAGUGCAUGUUUGAGCAGGAUACAAAAGAAACUAGAGCACAGCGCGGUGAGAAGAUUGGCACCAGCUGUUGCAAUGUAUAGCAACAUGCAAAGUUCGAACAGUGAAAAAUAAGAAAC